GUGGUGGUCGUCCCACUCGUGGGCGUUAGGGUCGAGACGCUGGUCUCCAACGUACUGUUCGACGUCGAGAUGCUGGCACCCGUCGUGCUGCGCAGUGACGUGGAGUUCGAUGAUGCGCAGUUGGUGCCCGCCGCGGUUGUCGCCGCCGUGGUACUCGAGGCAGGUCUCGUCCCCACCGUGAGCGUCAGGGUACCCGAGGCCGUACUCGUCCCGCUCGUGGACGUCAGGGUCGAGUUGCUGCUCUCCGGCGCGCUCGUCAAUGAUGCGCUGCCAGUGCCGGUCGUGGUGCUCAGUGCUGCCCCCGUCGAGAUGUUGGUGACUGUCGUGUUGCUGGGUGACGUGGCACCCGAGGCAGCUGUCAUCCCACCGUCGCACGUCAGUUUAGAGCUGGCUCCUUCCGACGCGCUGCUCAGCGGUGCGCUGCUGGUCUUGGUCGCGCAGCUUAGCGACGUGGCGCUCGAGGUCGUACUCGUCCCGCUGCUGAACGUCAAGAUGUCAGUACCCGUCGCGCUGCUCAGCGACGUGGUACCCGAGGCAGUGCUCAUUCAAUUCGUGGAUGUCAGGGUCGAGGCGCUGCUCUCUGGCGUGCUCGCCGACAAAGCACUGCUGGUAACGUUCGUGGUCCCCCUCGUGGACAUUAGGGCUGGCCUGCUGUUUUCCGACGUGCUGUUCCACGUCGAGAUGCUAGUGGCCGACGUGAUGCUCUGCGACGUGGAAUUCGAGGCCGUGGUCAUCCCACCGAUGCACGUCAGGUUAGAGCUGGUGCUCUCUGGCGUGCUGUUCCACAGUGCGCUGAUGGUCCCGGUGGUGCAGCUUGGCGGUGUCAUGGUACCCGGAAUUGUCCUCGUUUCGCUCGUGGGCGUCAGGGUCCAGUUGUUGCUCUCCGACGUGCUAGUCAACGUCGGGAUGCUAGUGCCCGUCUUGGUGGUCAACGACGUGGCACGCGGGGCAGCAUUCGCAUCCCUCGUGGACGUCAGGGUCGAGAUGCUCCGAUCAGGCGUGCUACGCGACACUGCGCUUUGGGUAUUCGUCGCCACAUUCAGCAAGUUGGUGAUUGAGCAGUUGUCCUCCCACUCGUGGGCGCCAGGAUGGAGCCGUUGCGUUCUGACCCGCUGGCCGACGCCGAGGUGCGAGCACCCGUCGCGUUGCGCGGCGACGUGCUCCGCGAGGCAGCCCGUCGCCAGCGCGUGGGUGCCAGGUGUCGGGCUGCUGCUCUCCGACGCGCGGCUCGACGCCGAG